GUGUGUGUGUUUGAGCCUGUGAGUGUUUGAGCCUGCUUCCCUCAGUCUUUAACCUUUCCGUGCUGAGUGCUGCAUCUCCAGGAACAGCAGCAGCCAAAACUGAGACUCAGUGCAGGAGGGAGGCUGCCUCUCUCUUACUGCCUCUCUAGUCUCUCCCCCCACUGUUAUUAAUCAGCAAGAAAGCCCCCAUGAUUUCUUCUCUUGCCUGUCAGAGUUAAAAGUGAUGCCGUGGACUGGAGCCCCAGUUAGACUCAAGUCUUACAGCAAAGAAGGAGGAGGAGGUGCGUUUUAACACAGAUAUUGAGGGGGGAAUAGCAGUGACAGCAUCAGAGAAGCGCUGACCAGCAUACCACUGAAAGAGACUCUCACCCUAACGCCUACAACCGCCGAGAUUCACUGGGUGCCUGGAACCUAGGGAUGGAGCAGUGGCAAAACCAAGGCUGAGAUACGUGAAGAAACCAACUGAGUUUCUUCUAUAAAUAUCGACACGUACAUGGUUUCUGCUCACCUCUUUCUUACUCCAUCAUGAGAACUUUUGGAUAUUUGUUCAUGCUUUUCAUCUGGGUUAACCCUCCCCAGAAAAGCUCUGCAACCCCCCUACCAGAAAGGACUACUAUUAGCACCGAGCCAAUGACUGAACAAGACCAGCAAGUCACAGACCAAAAUGACAUGGAGAAAAGCCGUUCAAAAAGAAGCUGGAUGUGGAAUCAAUUUUUUCUUCUUGAAGAAUACACUGGAGAUGACUACCAGUAUGUUGGCAAGCUUCACUCAGAUCAGGACAAAGGGGAUGGAUCAUUGAAGUAUAUCCUUUCGGGAGAUGGAGCUGGGAAGUUAUUCAUUAUCAAUGAAAAUACAGGAGAUAUCCAAGCUACUAAACGUCUGGACAGGGAAGAAAAGCCAGUGUAUAUUCUGAGAGCACAGGCUGUGAACAAGAAAACAGGGAUACCAGUUGAACCGGAGUCAGAGUUUGUUAUCAAAAUUCAUGAUAUAAAUGACAAUGAGCCAAAAUUUACUAAGGAAACGUAUACCGCUACAGUUCCGGAAAUGUCCGACGUGGGAACAUUUGUCGUUCAAGUAACAGCCAAUGAUGCGGACGAUCCAACAUAUGGAAACAGCGCAAAAGUCGUCUAUAGUAUUCUGCAGGGACAGCCAUACUUUUCAGUGGAGUCUGAGACAGGUAUCAUCAAAACAGCAUUGCCAAACAUGGACAGAGAAAACAGGCAACAGUAUCAAGUAGUUAUUCAGGCCAAAGACAUGGGGGGACAAAUGGGAGGAUUAUCUGGCACCACACUUGUGAACAUCACUUUGUCAGAUGUCAAUGACAACCCUCCACGAUUCCCCCAUAGCACCUAUCAAUUAACAACACCAGAAUCUGCCCCAGUGGGUUCUUCUAUCGGCAGAAUCAAAGCUAGUGAUGCAGAUGAAGGCAUAAAUGCAGAGAUUGAAUACCAUAUCAUUGAAGGUGACGAAUCAAAUGCGUUUGCUAUUAUCACAGACAAGGACACUCAGGAAGGCAUUAUCAUUGUGAAAAAGGUCUUGGACUUUGAAAGAAGAAGACAGUACACGUUGAAAGUUGAAGCUCUCAAUAGUCAUUUGAACCCACAGUUUAUGCUCAUUGAACCCUUUAAAGAUAUUGCUACCGUUAAAAUUAUGGUGGAUGAUGUUGAUGAACCGCCUGUAUUCAAUAAACCAGCCUAUGUGCUUGAAGUAAAGGAGGAUGCCAAAAUAAACAGUAUUAUAGGGUCUGUUACAGCUCAAGAUCCAGAUGCUGCAAGAAGUUCUGUGAAGUACUCUGUUGAUCGUCAUACAGACAUGGACAGGAUUUUCAACAUUGAUUCUGGAAACGGAUCAGUUUAUACAUCAAAAUCACUUGAUCGAGAAACACAGCUCUGGCAUAAUAUUACAGUAAUAGCAACAGAGAACAAUAAUCCGAAAGAAAGCAGCCGUGUUCCUGUAUUCAUUAAGGUUUUGGACGUGAAUGACAAUGCCCCUGAGUUUGCCAUGUCGUACGAUAUCUCUGUGUGCGAAAACGCAAAGGCCGAACAGUUAAUACAUACCGUGAGCGCAGUGGAUAAAGACGAUUCUUUCAGUGGACUCCAGUUCUCAUUUGCAUUACCUGGACCACCAUCUAGCAGCCCCAAUUUUACAGUAAAGGACAACAGAGAUAACACAGCCGGUGUAUUUACAAGGAGACAUGGCUAUAACCGUCAUGAGAUGAACAUAUACUUUCUUCCAGUGGUUAUUGCUGACUAUGGGUACCCCAUACAGAGCAGCACUGGCACUCUGACCAUCCGUGUGUGUGCAUGCGAUCACAAGGGAAAUACACAAUCCUGCUCGGCCGAAGCAUUGGUCCACCCGACUGGCUUGAGUACAGGAGCAUUAAUUGCUAUUCUUCUCUGCAUUAUUAUACUGUUAGUUACAGUUGUGCUGUUUGCAGCGCUAAGACGACAGAGAAAAAAAGAACCUUUAAUAGUUUCCAAAGAAGAUAUCCGUGAUAACAUUGUGAGCUACAAUGAUGAAGGUGGUGGAGAAGAAGACACACAAGCCUUUGAUAUUGGUACCCUUAGGAAUCCAGAAGCCAUAGAGGACAAUAAACUACGCAGAGAUAUCGUACCGGAAACGCUCUUUUUCCCACGUCGAACUCCAGCGGCAAGAGAUAAUACCGAUGUCAGAGAUUUCAUUAACCAAAGGUUAAAAGAAAAUGAUACAGAUCCGACUGCCCCUCCUUAUGACUCAUUAGCAACUUAUGCUUAUGAAGGCAAUGGUUCCGUAGCAGAGUCUCUAAGCUCAUUGGAAUCAGUCACUACAGAUGGAGAUCAAGACUAUGAUUAUCUGAGUGACUGGGGACCUCGAUUUAAAAAACUAGCAGAUAUGUAUGGUGGUGCAGACAGUGACAAAGACUCAUAAUACAUUGCCUUUUCGAUUUCCAAUUCUGGAAAGAGAAAACAAACUGCAUCUAAAAAUGAGGAGUAGCUGUACCUGUGGCUUCAAAAAGAGGCCCAUCUGCUCAACCAAUUGUUUAAUAUUUGAAAAUUGUGCAGAUUUAAUGUCAAAUACUUUUUAUAGUACAAUUUAUGAGCUUCCAGGUGGCAUUUUUUGAUUUGUUGCUUUGCUUUUUUAUAUUUCCACAUUUUAGUGUACCUUUUUAUCAAAUCAGUCUUAUAGACAAUGUAAAAAAAAAAAUGGCUGAGGAGAGGAGCAAUAUUUGUACUCAAUCUACUACCAUUAUGAUAAGUAUUUCUUUCACUUAAUAAGUCAAUUAGUCCUCUACACCCUGAUGGCCUUUCCAAUCGCUUUCCAUCUCUUAACAGAAUGAGGAAAUGUUGCUCUACGAUCAUACUUGGUUAGGACGAACAAAGCAAUGCGAUAUUAUUCAGGGGACAUUAUCAGCUUUCUAUUGCAUGGCAAGGGGUUGAGUUAUCCAAGAUUUGAAUCUAAUGUAAAGAAAACCAAGUCAGCGUGAACUGGAAAUUAAUUUUACAUUUAAUUCAUUGUCAUCACAGUGCUUUGUAAUAGGAGACACCUAUGAGCACUCAAUCAUCCUGAAAGGUACAUCUUUGACAUUGUGGCAACACCCAAGCUGAUUAAGAAGACAUACUUGGACAUUUUAUUUUUCAUAUUCUGACAUUGUCAUAAUGGAAUCAGUAACAAAAAAUAUAAGAUUCCUUCCCGUCUGUGAAAAGACAAUACCAGCUGUCAAGUGAAAAACUUUGUGAUGUACAAAAAUAGGUUGUCAUUGUCUCUUUUCAGAAUAUCACUAAAAUAGACACACAUAGCUGUGUUUAUAAAAUUAUUAUACAGUUCUAACUAGAUAAGGUGACUUCAGGAAGUUUCACUUAUAAAACACUUAACAGGUAUACAAUAUUAAUAAGAUUUGUUUAUUAUUAUUAUUAUUAUUAUUAUUAUUUUAAGUGGAUCUGUAGUAAAAUCUAAGCGACUUUAUGACACUUGUAGUUCAUACGCACCAAAAAAUUCUAACUAAUGUAUUAUUUGACUGAUAUGUAAUAAUAUUAAACAGACCUGCUUUGAAUUUAUAAGUAAAUGGGAUGUAAGCUGUUUUUAUCAUGUUGAAGGAAAUGAUAUAUGUUAUCUACUGAUCAGUGUUAAUUUCAACCAUUUGUCUAUGAUUUCAGUGUAAUUUUUUGUUUGUUGGUUUUAUUUAAAUAAUUAUAAAGCAGUUUUCUUUUUU